CCUGAAUAAACAUUUUAAUUUUAAUUUGGUGUAGAAGCGAGCUGGAGACGCGCGUGCACGCCUGUCUCUCUCUCUCUAGUCUGCUUCUAACAGCAUCACUACCUCUUGGUUUUCUCCACGCCUGUACACCAGUCCGUAAAGAUGCCGUGUUUGGUAAUUUCGACCAAUAUUCCUAAGGAAAGAGUAACUCCAGAAGUCAUGACUAGCUUUAGUAAGCAAUUUAGUACUGUAAUUGGAAAACCUGAGCAGUAUUGUAUGGUACAAGUGAUUCCAGAACAACUGAUGACAUUUGGGGGCACCUUUGAUCCAUGUGCAUCUUGUACUCUUGUGAGCCUUGGCCAGUUAGGUGUGGCCGAGAACAAGGCUAUCGCCAAGAAGAUUUAUGAAUUUACGGAGAAAAUACUUGGAGUUCCAACUGACAGAAUGUACAUCCAGUUUGUUGAUAAACCAUCAUCAGAGAUUGGAUAUAAAGGAACCACUUUUCAUGAACUACUUGGGCGAUAAAAGGAGAUGGCAAAACUGCCUGUACUUACCUGGGAAAUCUCUAGCCUGUGGGAUAGAUGCUUUAUUUUGUAAAUAGUUCUAUAUAACUUACGAGGGUUUAGUAAAAAUAAUCAUUGUAGUAAAAAUAAUAAAUAAUAAUUUCAGUGUAGAGAAACAGUUUAGAGAAGACUUUGUUUGGAGAUAAUGCUUUGCCUGUAAGGGCUUUAUUAAAGGUCUUGUAGGCAGAAUCAUUACCUCUUAAUAAUCUACUCCAAUUGUGAAAAUUUUUAAUAUUCUUACGCAAUGGCUGUAGAACAUUCUGAAUAAAUUAUACCACCAUGCAGGCUGGUGAAUUUACUUGCUGCUAUUCUGUACUGUUGUGCUACUAGCAUCCCUGUGAAGACGAAUAAAAUAAUUCAUGUCCA